GUUAGAUUUUUGAUAUGGUGACAACCUCGGCGACCCCUUCUCUCCGACGAUGAUUUCUUGUCUACAUCGUCGAGUCUGUCGGGCUUCGACAUGUGCACGCCAACUCAGUACUAGAGCUUCAGAAGUUUACACAAAUCCUAGCAAGGCACGAUACGAGGCGGUCUCUGCCUCGCCCCGAGACAUAACCCCGGAUCAACGCCGGGUCCUAGAUGCUGCAUUGCGCGUAGACCAGGCUGGUGAGCUUGCAGCAAACUGGAUCUACCGGGGUCAAAUGGCAGUCCUGGGAGGUGACCCAAAAAUUGGUCCAUUAAUUCAAGAGAUGUGGGACCAAGAAAGACACCAUCUCGUCGUGAUGGAUAAGCUGCGGAUCCAGCACCAGGUACGACCAACCAUCCUUUCUGAUGUCGCCAAGGCCACCGGGUUCGGACUUGGUGUUGCCACGGCACUCCUGGGUAAAGAGGCUGCCAUGGCUUGCACCGAGGCAGUCGAAACCGUUAUUGGGGAGCACUACGAUGACCAACUAAAGGAUCUCGACUCUCUGUCAUCUUCACACCCCAGCAUGACGCUCUUGUCAGACGUCAUUCGCGAGUUCCGAGACGACGAGCUCGGCCAUCUCCACGUCGCGGUAGAUCAUCAUUCCCAGCGUGCACCAGCUCACGCCCUACUUAGUACGGUCGUUGGUUACGGCUGUAUGGUGGCCAUAGAAUUAUGCAGAAAAUUCUGACGGCUUGG